UCAAAUAUCCAUUAAAAUUUAUCUGACGUGUUUUAAAGUGGAUGCUGUUUUAUUAUCUUUCAAAAUAUUUUGCAAGUAUUUUGCACAAUUUGAAUUUCGACUUCAUUAUAAAAAUAAGUAAACAUACUGGUAUCAUCCAUGUCUGAAACAGAACGACAGAAUUUAACGGAGCAAGAUGGUGUCACGGGUGCUAGCGGCGAUCAGCCUGCAAGUGAACGAGAGGCAUAUUUUCAGGCAUUAAGAUUAUGGAUACAACAGGCGCAAAUGUAUCAAAACUUAUCGUCAUGUUUUCCCUACUAUAUGAUGAGUUUACAAGGCAUCCAAAGCAAUCAAACGAAUGUUCCUUUACUUAAUAAUAAUUACCAAUUUCAAGGACAACAGUUUCCAUUUCAAGUCCCGAUUCCUCCGAGGGCUACCCCUGACGCCCAAGCUCCUGUUCCAACAUUAAGUCCUGCUGAAGUUAUACAAAGGCAUGGUGGCUAUGAGUAUGUUAUUCCUCCACUUUAUAAGAGGCUCUUAGCUGAAUUUAUAGAUUUCAUGCUGUUGUUUAUUUUAAAGCUCAUAGUUACCUUCAUAGCUGUGGAUAUGUUUGACAUCAUUGAUUUAGAAAAAUUUGAUAUAAACAAAUUAAGUGAAAACUAUGAUGACUACAAAUAUGCCAUGGAACUGACAUCGGAAAUUUUAUUACUUGAAAUUAUUUACAGGAUUAUUGUUUGUUUCUUUGAGGCAUACUGUCUGAGUGGCGGCGUUGGACGUUUGGGAGGUAUGACACCUGGCAAAGGUUUACUUGGUCUUCGAGUGGUCACAGCCUCUGCAGUUGUCCUUGUAGAAGGCCGUCCAAAGGAAACAGUCCUGUUGUAUCCUGGUCGACCAGUAUCUUUUACUGUAGCGUUGGUACGCUCACUCCUAAAAAAUUUCCUCAUAUCUCUCUUAUUUCCUCUAUGUCUUAUUUUGUUUGUAUUCCGUUUUAACAGGACAGGGUAUGACCUGUUAUGUGGUGUCAUAGUUGUCGAAGAAAAUUUAUAUCCCCCUAGACGACAUGCACCAUAAUUUUUUCAAAUCUAUCUAAUAAUUAUUGCAUAGGUACAAAUACUACAUUCUUUAUUUAAAUGUAAUUGAAUGUGAUUUUUAAUUAAUAAAAAUGUAUCUAGAAACAAAAUUAUCAUAGGGAAACAGUUACUAGGUUUAUGUUUAGGUUACAUUUAGGUUUACGUUUAAGCCGGUUGCAGACCGAAAACUAAGCUAGAAAUAAAUAUCGUGCACACCAACAGCUAAGCCAAAGCUCAGUCAGUGUGGUGUACUUCAAUUAGACGGACGUUGCUCGCCAUGAUUGUUUAACAGUCUCAAUAAAUUGCUCCAUAAUCGCUACUAAACGAUCGUGCGUACAACAAAGAACACUGGACAGCACUGGUGAAGGAUGUGCAAAGGGUGUGCGGGGUAGUGGGAGGGGCUUAGCUUAGCUCGUGUAGCUGCGCAUCGGCAUACACAACUAACUUAGCUUUGCAUAUUUUAGUUAGCUCACAUAGCUUAGUUCGCAUAGUUUGUGGUCUGCACACAAGUAUGGAAAACUGCGUCAGCUAUGCGAGCUCAGCUAAACUAACAUUUUACGUAGCUCUUGGUCUGCAACCCGUAUUAGUAACAGAAUAUUAAAAUAAAAUAGAUAUUGCUAUAUGCUACAAAAAUCUCAGCUGUUGGCUGCAUAAAAUUUACCAAUAUGAAGCUUGAAAUUAAAAAUGCUACUAAAGGUAGUUUUGGUUUUUGGAAGUAAUCUAUUUUAUUGUAAUUUGUAUAUAUCCUGAUUCUUAUAUUAGUAUUCAGUUAUUUGCAAUGACUCUUCCAAGAGGACUAUAAAUAAGACCAAAGAUGCCAUCAUUUAUUAUAUAUUCAGGUUUUU